GUGUGCGGCUGCCAAGUCUGUUGGGGGCACUUGCUUGGUCUUGGACGUGGGAAGGAGCCAAGGCGAAUGAGGGAAAGGGUAACGCGAGGCCCCAGGAAACCAGGAAGGUGCAACUUGUAAGUCUGGAGAACGGGCAAUGGCGCUGCGGCGCAUUUGCACCCGCGUACUUGCCAAGAUGGUCCCCGCCCCUCCGUAUCGAGUACGGUCCUUCCUUCCCUGCCAAGCCAUUCACGUAUCCAAGGUCCCCCCAAGGUUGAAGAUGGGAAGGUUCCAAGGUGCUCUGCUCUUUCCUCGGUUUUCCUCAGCCGUGUUCGGUGACCGUCACGGUCCUCACCCCAAGGCUCUCACGGUCAAUGUCAACCCUGAGCCUGAGGUCCCUGAUGCUCAGGUAAUACGCGCACUGCGCACCGCACACCACCCGCGCACUUCGUACCGUCUUCGGGUCCCUGCCUUGCCUUGUGCGGCGUGCCUUCCCUCCCAGAAAUCCACCGCCUUCUCCAACAUUGGAAAGUGCAUGAUUCGAGAAGGACCCCGAAAUUCAUCGUUUCAGUCUUUCAGGGUCCUGUCAAGGCUCCCAGGUCCCCGCCCGCGCAAGGUCAACCGGUGUCAAUCAGAUAAGCUCCGUCACCUUUUUUAAUUUUUUUUUCUCUCUUUCUCUCCUCGCUCACUCCGGCACACACGCCCAUCCAUUUCAAUCUUGAUUCUCGAGUCUCACUCUCAGUCAACCUCUUACAAUUGCUUCAUUCUAGAGUCAGUCAGUCAGUCUCGGCUGCCGUGCGGGAUGGUCUCGAGUGAGGAGUGCAAAGUUGCACCUUGCAGAGCCCAGCCCCCAUUCUCCAGCAAGGCCCAGUGGCACCAAUCUCUCCAAGAGGCGAGAAAGAGAAAAGCAGCAACGCAACAAGCUGCGCCCCCGGGG